AUCCGGGUCCCGGCGCGGCGAGAUGGCGGCGGAGGGGCCGGAGGCUCCGGGCAGCCCCGGCCGCGGUGGGGCCGAGGGGGCCCUGGGGGACGGCGGCGAUGGCGGCAGCGGCCCCCCCGCCCCCGCAGCCGAGCUGCCUCCCCCAGCCCCCAGCCCCCCCCGAGAGGAGCAGAACGACGCUGCCGCCCCUCCCCCCAUCCCCAGAGCUGCAACGGCGCCGCUGCCCCCCCCGAGCCCGAGGAACCCCCCCCCGGCUGCCCCCGAGGACCCCCCACCCCCCCAGGAGCCUGAGCCCCCCCCGGAGGAGCCCACCCUCACCUACCCCCUCGACUUCGAGAAGUUUUGGCAGGCGGCGCGCACCAACCCCCACGACUUCACCGCCUGGACCGAGCUCCUCCAGUACGUGGAGCAAGAGAACCACCUCUUUGCCGCCCGUAAGGCCUUCGACGCCUUCUUCGCCCACUACCCCUAUUGCUACGGCUACUGGAAAAAAUACGCCGACAUGGAGCGACGCUUCGACUGCAGCCGCGAGACCGAGGAGGUUUUCGAGCGGGGGCUCCAGUCGAUCCCCCUCAGCAUGGAUCUCUGGAUCCACUACAUCUCCUACCUCCAAUCCACCCUGGAUCUCAGUCUUCCGGAAUCCAUCCAAAAAAUCCGCGGCGUCUUCGAGGCGGCGGUGGCGGCGGCCGGGAUGGAUUUCCGAUCGGAUAAAUUAUGGGAACUCUACGUGGAAUGGGAAAGGGAACAAGGAAAUUUCCGGGCGGUUACCGGGAUCUACGACCGCGUCCUCUCCAUGCCCACGCAGCUCUACAACCACCACUGGGAAAAGUAUGGCCCCUCCCCCCGCGGCCGGGAAGCGUCCCGCUGGGAAAUAGCCUGGUGGAAAAGAGCCACGGAGGGGAAAUUUCCCUGGGGUGGGGAAAUACCCCGGUGGAGAAGAGCCACGGAGGGGAAAUAUCCCUCUGGAGGCAAAAUAUCCUGGUGGAAAAGAGCCACGGAGGGGAAAUAUCCCGGUGGAAAAGAGCCACGGAGGGGAAAUUUCCCGGGGGUGGGGAAAUAUCCCGGUGGAGAAGAGCCACGGAGGGGAAAUAUCCCUCUGGAG